AUGGCGGUUCCACUGCGAACGAGGAUUCCUCUCUCGAACCAGACCAAUCUAGUUCGCGAACACUAUCACAAGCCUGCUGCUCAACCCCCAAAACGGCUGACUAAUGAAUCACGUUUUGUGUCGGAAUAUGGCUCCGAAAUCUUGGCAUACUUCUUGGAGGUCGAGCGCACGGUUUACAGUGAGCGGAUGUACAUGGACCGCCAGUCGGAGGUCACUGACCGCAUGCGUAAAAUCCUGAUAGAUUGGCUGGUUGAUGUCAUCACAGAGUUCAAACUUCAUCCUGAAACGUUUUUUCUCGCCGUUGAUAUCAUUGAUAGAUUUCUUUUUAUCUACAGUAUCCCGCGUACAAAGCUGCAACUGGUGGGCAUUACAGCUGUCUUGGUUGCGUCUAAGCACGAAGAAAUCUGGCCGCCAACGGUGAGUGACUGUGUUGCUGUGACAGCUAACACGUACACCUCGGGGGAGGUCAUCGAGAUGGAGUUCGACGUUGUGACCACCCUCCGGUUUAAGUUUACUGUUCCCACGACGUAUCCGAUAACUUGUCGACUGUUGGACACCUGCCGCAUGGGGACCGCAGAGCGUCACGCCACGUUUCUGUUUUUGGAGAGCGCCGCGCACUGCUAUCCACUCCUCCAGUUCCUUCCGUCGCGGAUUGCGGCAGGGGCUGUUCUUUUAGGGGCGUUUUUGAUUCGCUACAACAGGUCCAAGGGGGCGACUUCACUCCAAGGUCUCUGGGAGAUCGAGGUAUCUCCGUUUGCACAGGGGAUUGGAUUUGAGGAGCUUCAGCCUGUCACUGAGCAGCUUCUCCCGUUCACUCAACGUUUGUGCAGUGGCUCUUCCCGCCUUCAGGCGCUGCGACGCAAAUACUCUUCUGGCGAGCACGAUUACGUAGCUUCUUUGGAAUUUCCUUUCAUUUCAACUUCUGCGUGA